AUGAGAUCUAGCGGUUAUGUGCCUUACACUUUGUAUCCUCCCACUAAACAAACGGCUAUACGAUGCGUUCAAAGAAAUAGUGAAGUAAGAUCCAAUCCUCACGUUGUUACAUAUGUUUAUUCAGAUGAAGGAUCAGCUAGUGUGCCCCUUCUUAAAGCUUUUCCUCCUCUAGAAUUUGAGGAUAAUAAACCUAAUGUUAUUGAUAAUUCCGUCUUAGACGAUUCCCUCGAUAAUGAGGAAAAGCUAUUACAGUCAGAAUUGGUGCAUGUCGAUGAAAAAUGCGUUCCUCAAGCUGCUGCUUUUGAAGAAGUCGCUGAACCAUCGUGCUCCAAUGCAACAGGAGACAUGACAGGUUUUCGCAAAUAUCCAAAAACUUAUGUCGAACACAAUCGGCGUUGGACGUACAAAAGCGAAGCUUCGGUAGCAAAUGCUGAUGAGGAUGGGCAGUUAUAUUACAAUCCCGAUCCAUAUCGUCCUGCUCCUCCUGCGAAAGGUGCCCCAAGCACAUUAGCUCGAAUGCAUUAUGCGGCUCAGCGAAUAGAUAAUAGAAAAUAUAGAGGUCAACGAACCAAGGCUCGUGCAACUAAUCAAAUGGAAAGUGCUUCUUGUGAUAGAUGUAAAAUGCGGUUUUUCUUGCCUUACAAUCAUUUCCGAUCUCAUAUUUCGUACGCUAUAUCUUCCAACAGAUACGCCCUACCUCUCACCUUCUUCAAUUGCCCUGUGUGUAGAACAGAUACCCAGAUUUUUAUGUAG